GUGUCCCCGCUGUCCCCAUGGAGCUGCUGUUCGGGCGCAGGCGCACUCCCGAGGAGCUGCUGCGGCAGAACCAGCGCGCUCUGGGCCGCGCCGUGCGGGAGCUGGACCGGGAGCGGCAGAAACUCGAGGCACAGGAGAAGAAAAUCAUCGUGGACAUCAAGAAAAUGGCCAAGCAGGGCCAGAUGGUCAGAGGGGACACCCUGGGGACACAGGGGACACUCUGGGGUGACGGGACACAGGACAAGGGUGGGGGGACACGGAGGGAACAAGGGGACAGACAGGGAUCAGGGGACAAGGGACAUGGAGAGGUCUGGGGGACACAGAGUCCCCAGCUGAAGCUGCCCCAGAUCCAGCGCAUCCUGCUGGAGUUCCAGAAGCAGUCGGAGCUCAUGGACAUGAAGGAGGAGCUGAUGAAUGACGCCAUCGAUGACGCCCUCGGGGACGAGGACGACGAGGACGAGAGUGACGCCGUGGUGUCCCAGUUUAUCCCAGUCCUUCCCAUGUCCCUUUGUCCCCUGGCAGCGCUGCCCCCCCCGGGGGGGUCCCUGGCGGCGGGGGAGGGGCGCGGGGGGGCCGAGGCCGCCUCGGCUGCGCUCGCGGACGCCGACGCCGACCUGGAGGAGAGACUGAAAAACCUGAGGAGGGACUGAGACCCCCGGGAUGG